CAGCGCAAAGCCUAGAAGAUUUUCUCGCACCGGUGACAAGUACUGUGUCAACUUCUACUAAAGAAGGUGGACACUAUCCUCUUCGACGUAGAACAAGUCCAGCAACUUCGUCUUCAUCUACUAGGGUGGAAACACCCCAGAAUACUCAAGACAUCGGUUACGAUCCGACUGGACAAAACCGUCAACGUUUUCAAGACCAUGCUAUUAGUCUGCAGACAAUAGUUAAGAGCCACAAGCUCCUAUCAUUGAUGUAUUUCUAAUUGUAUGUAUGAGGACAAGAACGACCUUUGGCUUUGGUUUUUCUCGGUAAGAAUUAAAAGGGACACGAGAUCAGAUGUGUAAUAAAUUAUAGUACUUGAGGGAAACCUCUGACUAAAAGGCAAAUAAACGACCAAGCCAAGAUUUAUUUCUGUACUUAGAAAAGAUACAUGACAAUUGGAGGACAGUCUUACUUUCUUUGCCUUCUUCUAACAUAGAGUACGAAAUGUCAUUGUCCGGAGAGUUACGUCGCAUCGUUGGUCCAGCUCCGAGCACUCAGUGGUGCAGAGACGCAACCGAGAAUUUUGACGCUCGUAAAGGCGGUUUUAUAUCUGUCGACUCCUUCUGCGAAAUAGUACGCCAGUUCUUGGUGCAAAGUUAAGGACGGGUUCUAGAAGUUAAUUGGAGAUUCAUUCUUAGGGGUAUUCAAUAAUCCCCCUGGCGCGGGGGAAGGGGAUUGAUUGUGAUUCUACUCACACCAGAUACUUAUGUUAUAGAUAUUGAAAACACAGGAACAGGAAGUAGUUAUGAGCAUUAUGGAAAAAUAGACAUCUAAAAAAGGCUGACGAAGAUCCUCGAGGAGAGGAAUGCCGAGAUGAUAGCAAGAAGCUCCGCCGUACCUCGUAAUCAUGCGCCCGUGGGAAGAUUAUGGCUGCGUCCGCCGAAUUUGAUUGUGUAUCUAUUGGAGAAAUGCUGUGCCAAGUUUCAACUGUAUUUUUCAUCAUAGUCAUUGCCAAGCAUGCUGUUCGAGGGAGUUGUGUCAAGGAACAUUAUAAUUGACACCUCAUUUCUUACACAACUUAAAGUAGUUGACACAACUAGCCUUGAUAAUAAUCGCUUGUGAAGCCUUUUUUUACAACAACAUUGAUUCUCCCUGCUCUAAUAGAUGCACAGAACACAGGAGGCCACACAGGAGCGGUGGUUGCAGAGACAAGCGAAAGCCUGGACGUUGUCAUUUGGCCACCCUAUAAUUUCACCCCAUUGACAAUUUUCAUGCCUGGCAAGAGUCGAGUGUUUCGAAGCCAACAUGCGACUGCGGAUGAGAAAACAAGCAAGGACACCACUCGUCGAGCUCAAACGCAUGGAGAUCAAACACACAAUCAGCAGCAGCUUGUUAGACGGGAACUACGAGGUCAAACGCAUGGAGAUCAAACACAUAAUCAGCAGCAGCUGGAACGAGCUUUUCACCAGCAUCAAACUCAGCUUCACUCAGACCCAGCAUCAAAUGCACAAGUUGUACCCAAGAGCAACAUCAGCAUCUAUAGAGGAACCAAAGAGCCGGUGAAAUUAAGGCUUCCCCUAAUCCAUCUCCAGAAGCAUCUCAAGCAUGUUCCAUAAAAGGCGAAACAGUCUCAAAGAGGAGUCUCAAGAUGGAUAUGGGAGAGCGCUAAUGAAAGUACACGAGUGGUAUAGCUUUCUCGACGUGAAAGGACAGGGCGCUUUCGGUAAAGUUACCAUGGUACAAGAUCGUCGAUCUGGUGUUUUCAAGGCUUGCAAAAGCAUAGCGCUCAAAAACAAAAGUUAAGAGGGGGCUCUCGAUUUCAUAUCAAUUUCAAUUCAUCUUGUUCACUUAAGGAGGAAAGCGAAGUAGACUUUCUCGAAGCUCCUCUCAUCUCCUUUACAACAUAGAACUCAUUUUUUUUGACUGAUGUCAAUCUUCAAACAAUGAUCAAAGUCUACCGUAUAUCGUUCUAUUCUAAAAAAACCAAACGAACUUGGUAAAGACGGAAAUCAACGUCAUGAAAUUGUUGGCAGGACAAGACAACAUUCUGGUCUUGCACGAGGUGCACUACGAAGCAAGGGAUAGUACACUUAUGACGAUCUAUUCGGAUACUAAUAAAUGAUGAAUCUCAAUCUCUACUUUACAAAGCUACAACUCAAUCAUCUAGUAAGCAUGCGUAAUAGUAUUUCUUUUUCUUUCUCAUUGCCUUUGCCUCGAGGUACUGCAAAUAAUACUAAUACACCUACGCCAUCCCUCUUCUAAGAGAAGCGAUCAUCAACAUAGUACUUCUUCAAGCAAAAAAGGGCCGAACAUGGUCUAUUUGAUCCUAGAGCUCUGCAACGGUGGGUGCCUUUUCGACCGUCUGCUGUACCACACAAACGCCCUACGGAGACCAAUGUCCGAACGACAAGCGAAACUGUAUAUUCGACAGAUCCUAUCUGCGUUGGCCUAUUGCCAUAGUUUAGUUAAGGCCGGUUUCUUCUGUAGUUCUCUGCCAUUUUGAUUUUGGCACGAUAGUACAUCUUGAUCUUGGAGCUCAAGUUGUCUUUCCCUCCUCUGUUGUAAGAGGAUCGGAAAAAACUCCCAGAAUCUGUUGGAAGAAAAGGGUGAGGGUGUAAGCCAGUUGUAGUCUAAUUCAAGCAUUCUACAUCGCGACGUGAAGCCAGACAACAUCCUGUUCGAGACCAGAAAGAGCGAUGCAGUCUUGAAACUGAUUGAUUUCGGCUUGUCAGACUUCCUGGCGAACAUAAGGGCUUCAGCGAAAGUGGUGCGGGUCAGGCCGAAUGAGAUGAAGAAUUCCUCUACUACUUCUAUUAAGGAUCAUGAACAUGAAUAUGAUUUUUUAGUUCGUAUGUGAAUGUAAAUACUUAGCUGUGCUGGAUAUUAUACGAGGACGUGGCCGUGAGCUAGCCAUGGACAAAAAAAUAGAAGUGCAUUCUCUAACAUACGUACAACAGCUACGCCUGUUGUGGGCACAAGGAAGAAUAAGGCUUCUUUGAGUGCUGGUGCGGCUGGUGCUGGCGGAGGGAAUGAUACUCCUGGUGCCAACGGGAACAAGGUGGCAGUACAGGGUCAUGAUGAUCGAGGACGAGCUGGUGGUCACAAAGAAGUUGUACCAUAUCAACUUCAGCGGCGAGAAGAACCUUCUGCUUCAGGACAAGAUCAAGGACAGCACCAGGACGAUGCCAAGACGAGGGCUUCUUCUGCUUCACCCAAGAACAACAGCCUUCAUAUUAAGGGAGGUAGUCCUGUAGCAGCAGCUGCACAAGAACGAACUUCCAGACAUAUUAACCGCAAUACUGCUUGUUCUCCAGUUUCCUCGUCCAAUACUCCGCGUCAAGCUCAAGGGACACGUCAAAAUGGCGCUGCUGCUGGUGGUAGGCCAGCACAAGAAGGAGGAGCUACUGCAGGAGGAGCGCUAAUACAUCAAGCAACUGCUACUGCAGCUGCACAACCUAAUCCACCAGUAUUACAACCUGCUCAAGUACAAACUGCCCAGCCUUCUCCAAUAGUACCGACAAAUCAACCUGCCCGACCCUCUCCAAUAGUGCCGUCAAAUCAACCUGCCCAACCGUCUCCAGUCGUCCAACAAAAAGAUCCUUCCUCCCAAUAUUUCAUAGACUCCAAGGAUGGGUCUGCGUGGAUGAGGAUCGCCGCCAAAGCAGGCACGCCGCAUUACAUGUCACCCGAAAUGCAUGAAAAAGCCUGGUACGACUUCAAAGCGGACUUGUUCGCUUGUGGCGUGAUUCUCUAUCACAUGCUCAGUAACGCGCAUCCGUUUUUCACACCACGGAAAGACAAGGCGAACAGUGCGCGAGCAAGGAUAUGGAUGAUGUUUUUUUCAUCUUUCAGACCAUCGAGGCUCCCCUUAAGGCUAUAAAUACAUUUUUACGGGGAAAGGGAUAGCCGUGAUGGUCUGCCCAGAUGGAAUAAGCACCAUUCAUAAAGAAUCUGCGUAUGUAGACCAUCCUACGCCGAAACUGCUUGGAGCACACUCUCAGACGAAGCGCUUUACUUCACCAGAGCUUUAUUGAAAAAAGAUCCGAAGGAAAGUUAAGACUCGACGGACUUCAUUGGUCACUGAAGAGGGGAGUCACUGACAUCUCUUCGAAGACGGGGCGAACCCCGGGAGAGAAAAUUACAGGGGAAAAAUGAAGUGUAAGGGAAAAAAUAAAAGCUGUGUAGGAGGAGGUCUUGUCAGAGUCAUCAGAAUCAUCUUGUACUCAGAAUCAGUGACUAGUUAGCUCCUAAGAUAGGCUAUCCGCGAAAGAUGCGCUAGCACACGAGUGGCUGACGACGGAUGCCGGUACGAGGACUAGCUCUGGAGGUACCAGAGCUAGUACUAGUUCUGGUGCUACUAGAGGACGAGGAGGUAAACGAGGAUGAAGAAAAGUUGUUGGUCUACUGUAUGUCAAAGACCGCAGGAUGAGAAAACAGACAAAAACCUGUGAAGACUCUCGUCGUGAGCCUUCAAGUGUGACGAGAACAACCUGCUAUUAUUGUUUCGUGUCAGUUAAAUUUGAUGAUGAUCCUAACUAAGUAACCUAAGUAAUAUGUGAAAAAUUAGAAUGACAAUGUACGAGAUAUUUCUAGAUUCCCCGUAUGAGUAUUUGUAUUUGACCCGGUUAGCCCUUUCCCUUUCGCUCUUACCUCCGGUGCCUAUUUUUUUACUCAGACAUUUUUCAAUUUUCAACUAUAUUCAUCUACAUCUCUGAGAGAUAUCUUUCAUUUAUCGUUAAUAUGUCGCCAAUCGUACUAAUCUAACUAUUGUUCUUCAUGUCCGUACGUUACAUACUGAACACAUCGUCAUCUUCAGCCGAUCACAUAUUAUCUUCAGCAGAUCACAUAUUGCAGAUAUAUUCCUCACUUGGAAUCAAAAAAUGUUCGUACGCUCGCUGUGCCUUGGCCAGUGAACUACAGCUAAUUGAUUCAUUAUAGUUCUUCUCGAUGUAGUCGUGUAGGACUAGGAGCUCUUCGUUUUCUUUCUCCUCCACCUACAGUACUGCUCACCACUUGAUGAAGAAGAAAACAAUGCAUCACCUCAAGUUAGGCGAAUUCAUUCAUUCAUUCAUCGUGGUACUGAAGAUUCUCACACGACGACCACUCAUGAAGACGAGGAUAUGGACUUCCAGAGGAAUCCAUACAAAUAGCUUUGUACCAAGUACGCACAUAGCGAAAGGCAAAGGAAUGCUCAAACAAUUUGAUUUCUCACACAAGAAGAGUCAUGGAGUUUCGCGUCGGUGGACCUGCCUUAUUAUGCGUUCUUGGG